AUGGCAGCUGUAGCUUUAUCUUUAAGGCCUCAUUCGCACAGCAUAGAGUUGGGUUGUACAGAUCCAUGCAGCGUGCUCGGCCGUAUCGGACCAUUUCCGGGAGGGACAGACGCUGCGUAUGAUUGCACGCAGCAGCCUGUUCUUCCCUAUGGAAGGACGCGGCCGUAUGCUGACAUACGCACAGCCGAACUGCACAUCCGUGCAGAGAAUGAAGUGAUAGAGGAGGAUGAGGAGGAUGACUCUGACUUGUAUGAAGCCCCUCCAUGUGAUCUGCAGAGCAGAACAGUCCCUGGUAUGUGGACACCCCAGGACAACCAUAGCCAAUAUUUAGCCCUGAAACAGGCCAGGCCUCCACCACCCUGCAAACGUUUGGUGCCUCUGCCCCUUCCUGACCGCAGGAUGUCCCUUCCUUGCCCUUCCUUAUGUUCUCCACCACCAGCCUUCACCAAUUUCCCCCGAGGCAUGGACGAUUUGUAUUUGACACUCCUGGAGACUUCGGUGAAAUCACACAGUGAUGUUGCUGCAGGACGUGAGGAGAAAUCUAAGCAGCGAUCAGAGCUAAGCAAAUGUCAGGAAAUGGGUUUGGAGAGUAAACCUUGGUAUGGAGGAGAGAUGGAGCGCAGAGAGGCAGAGUGGGCUCUCCGUAGAAUCAAUAAGGACGGAUGUUUUCUGGUGCGUCAAAGCUCAGCACAAAAUCAGCUGCACUCGUAUACUCUGGCAGUGCUUUACCACGACCACAUUUACAACAUCCCGAUCAGAACAGCAGGGACCCUGGGAUUCUUAUUAGGAAAAGAGGGCAAAAGGCAUGAAGAGGUGUUCCCCAGUCUCGUGCAUCUGAUUGAACAUUAUCAGCGAGAACUGCUCUACCUGGUGAACCGUCAGACUUCAGAAAGAGAGUCCACCACUUUGCUGUACCCUGCGCUCCUAUGAGACGUCUCUGCGCCCGUGGCCGUCCCUCUAUAAAUCACUCCUAGAACACAACUACCACGGCACUUCGUGUUCACCAUUCUACAGUCAGU